AUGCUCAAGUUGUCAGCGGCCAUGUUACCACGGCACAUUCGAAAGGCAUCUACCGAUUGGGGCGGCUUUCCACGCGGGGCACCGGCGACGACAACGACAUCGAACGACGACUUCGAUAGCGACUACAAAUACGACAACAACCGCGUCCACAUCGAUGACCAGGCCAAUGAGUAUGACAAGACAAUCAGAGACUACAGCUACGGCGGCAACCACGACUGCCGGUACAACGAUAACGACGCCCACGGCCAGCACUACGACUGCAGCAACCACAACGACUUCGGCUACGACGGCUACAACUCGAACGCAUACGAUUACGAGCACAAGUACGACGUCGGCUACACCAACAGCCGCGUGUACGAGCUGCUGGACGUGCAGGAGUUGACGACGGACGUGAUGUGGCACACCAUGGCGGUGUCGGUGACGACGAUGUACGACUAG